AUGAGCAAAAAGCUCCUCUUCAAAUUAGAUGAAGUCAGGCAUAUCUUGACAGAAAGGGACAUACUGACAGCAGCCAAAAGUGAAUGGUUGGUGAAGCUACUAUAUGCAUUCCAGGACGACAAGAGCAUCUAUUUGGCAAUGGAAUACGUCCCAGGAGGCGAUUUCCGGACACUUCUCAACAAUACUGGUGUACUGCACAACCGUCACUGCCGCUUCUACAUCGCCGAGAUGUUCUGCUGCGUUGAUGCCCUCCAUCAGCUAGGCUACAUUCACCGGGAUCUGAAGCCUGAGAACUUCCUCAUCGACUCUACCGGUCACGUUAAGCUCACAGACUUCGGCCUCGCAGCUGGCAUGCUUUCCCCACAGAAGUUCGAAUCAAUGCGAAUCAAGCUUGAGGAAGUCGGCCAGCUCUCCAUGCCCUUCGGCAACCCUAUGGACCAACGCUCCGUCGCCGAACGACGUGAGGGCUACCGAGGCUUGCGUGACCGCGAGGUGAAUUAUGCCAAGUCUAUCGUCGGAUCUCCUGAUUACAUGGCGCCCGAGGUACUCAAGGGCGAAGAGUACGACUUCACUGUCGACUAUUGGUCUCUCGGCUGCAUGCUCUUCGAGGCCUUAUCCGGAUACCCGCCCUUCGCAGGUUCCACUGUCGACGAAACAUGGCACAAUCUGCGUCACUGGGACAAAGUGCUCAAGAAACCUAAGUUUGAAGACCCGACUUACUUCCUUUCUCCCCGUACCUGGGAUCUGAUCCAGCGCUGCGUCAAUUCGAAGAAGAACCGCUUCCGUAAUAUCAGCGAAAUCUACAAGCACGCUUAUUUCGCCGAAGUCGACUGGUCGAAGUUGCGAGAGCAGCGAGCCCCAUUUGUCCCCGAGUUAGAUGGUGAAACAGAUGCAGGCUAUUUCGAUGACUUCAGCAAUGAGGCAGAUAUGGCCAAGUACAAGGAGGUGCACGACAAGCAGACUGCAUUGGAGAACAUGGCGGAUCGGGAUGAGAAGAUGGGCAAAGGGUUAUUUGUUGGCUUUACUUUCAGACACCGAAAACCCACCGUCGAUCCCAACGGCAAGCCGACCAGCCCCCGCAAGACCCUCCCUACAGAUGGCUCUUUCGGCACUAUCUUGUGA